UGUAGAUUUUACAGAUAUACAUAGUAUAUGGACACACGUACGUACAUAAUGAAACAUCGUCGAUUACCUAAGGCUAUCUACAUAGUAUAUGACUUUUAGCUUGUAAGCUAGCUAUUUAGCAUCUAUGUACAGAAAACGCCUGAUCGACUGCAAAUGCAGGCGGAACGUCCGGAAUGGUUCCAUGCGCUCGGGAUACCGCCUUUGCCUAUCUAAGUGCCAGGGAUUCCCUGCAUCAAGGAACGGUGAUGUCGUCCAUUUCUUUCGUUUCGGGUAAUUCUCAUUCUCUCUUUGGUUUCUCAUAUGUUUCUUAUUUUUUUAUGGUUUAUAUAUCUACAUAUUACAUAUAGAGAAAAGGCGCUAUAUCCAUGUCGUCACAGAUCUCAUUCAACAACUUUACGCUGUAAUAAUACCUAUCGUAUAUAGCCGAUAAGAUCUGUCAUCUACGAAAUUACGCUGCGACGAUAAAUCAUCGAUUCAGGACGAGAUGGCACCCGUCGCGGUCGCUGAAGAUACUACGCCGCUACUGCGGUCCGAGCGUACCGGCUCACGCCCUUCGAGUUCUCAUGGGUCGGAAGACGACGAUCUGGAUGUCGCGAAUCAAAGCGUCACUAAGCAGAGAGCCGUGGCCAUCAUACUGAGUGUCUAUAUUCUGAUCUUCCUACUAGCAAUGAAUAUGAGUGGUAUCACAAUGGCCCAAUCCACCAUUGCGGCUGACCUCGACGCUUAUGAGGACGCCAUGUGGUUUACCACAUCCUUCCUCGUGGCGAUGUCAUCUAUGUCACCCCUCACGGGCAAAUUAGCGACUAUCUUCUCCCCGAGGAUGAUGGUGCUUUUCUCGUCCUUACUGUUUUCCAUCGGGUGCCUAGUCACAUCCCAGGCUCAUUCGUUCGCUGUUUUCAUCCUCGGACGGGUCAUCACUGGGCUGGGAGGUGGUGGGACGAUGGUCCUUGCUUUUAUCCUGGUGCUGGAACUCACGACGAAGAGAAAUAGGGGGUUGUUCAUUGGCAUCACAAACGCAGGCUUCACCACGGGUGUCUCUUUAGGCGCAGUUGUGUUUGGCGGCUUGAUUGGGAAAAUAGGCUGGAGACCCCUAUUUUGGGCACAGGCUCCAGCGUCUCUGCUUGCUGGUUGCGCCAUCUUUUUCAGCAUACCUAGUAGCUUGAGCUCACCAGGCCAGUCGAAGGAUAAAGAUGUAUCAAUGGGCACAAAACUAAAGCGACUUGACUAUCUUGGCGCCAUCUUCUUGUCCGGAACCGUCGUCCUCUUUCUUUUCGGGCUUUCGGGGAAGAUUCAGCCAAUCCCGCUUGGCUCGUCUCUCGGCGCCCUCAUCAUCUUCAUUCUGAUCGAGACGUAUAUCGCGACCGAUCCCAUCGUUCCUCUCACGGUUCUCCGGAACCGCGGCGCCUUGCUGUCGUGUUUUGCCCAGCUUGGGUUCAUGGCCGCUCGGUGGACGGUAUUAUUCUACACGCCCAUGACAGCCCUCGCUGUCUUUGGCUUUAACCCGGCGGCCAGCGGUAGCAUCCUCAUCCCUACGAACCUCGGAUUCGGUCUCGGCGGGCUGCUUGUCGGAGCCCUUCAUAUCCGCCGCUCAGGCAGCUAUUGGGGCGCCAGCGUCAUCUGCUUUGCGCUCUUCGGCAUUAGCCUCCUUGCACUGUCCACCUCGUCCACGCGCGAUACUCCCUUUGGCCUGUACGUCGCCAUAGUCUUUCUCAACGGCUUAUUCACCGGCGGCGCACUGAACUACACAAUGUCCCACCUCCUGCAUCUCACGCUGCCGGAGACGCACUACGUCGCUACGAGUCUGCUUGGCACUUUCCGGGGUUUCGCGGGGAGUUUCGGUAGCGCUAUUGGCGGUGGAAUCUUCGCGAGGACUUUGCGCGGGAGUCUUGAGGAAGGGCUCAAGAGACUUGAUGGUAGCGAUCACCUGAGUAAAGAGCGGGCGGAACUUGUUAGGAAGCUAAUCGGAAGUCCGCUGCUUGUGUAUAAUGGAGGGUUGUCAGGUGCUGAGAGAGGAGUUGCGGUGCAGGGGUAUAGUGGUGCGCUGCGCGUCUUGUUCCAAGCUGCUGUUGUCUUGACGGUUUUUGUGUUACUAUUACAGGCUGCUACGGGGUGGAGAGGCCCUAAGGAUGAGAAAGAUCGCGACAGCGAGGAAGAGAGUGAGAGUCUUGUUGUGUGAAGAGAGACUUGUUAAGUGUCCUCAAUGAGGGCUGUUUUGAUAUAGCUUUUGUAUAUAUAUCAUACUACUUUACUAUUACUAAAUAGUCAGAUGUAUCUAUAACGCCAUUUUGGCUAGAGACUUAGUAUAUACUCAUAUCGGAUUAGAUGUAACGAAAACGGCUUUCGAGAAGGAGGACGCUAUUAAACUCGACUAGGUGAAGUCUGGCGGAAAGAGUUAUGAUAACACAUGCUAGGGCAAGUACUUGCCGUUAUGCGACCUCAGAGCGUCUACCCCUUGAUGAAAAGUACCCCAUACUCUGCCCAUACAUCAAUACACUACCCCAGUAAAUACCUGUCAAAGACAUAUUCUCAUAUGACAUGACUGUCGCCAAAUAAUUCAAGAGUCUCGUUAGCUGUUCUUGUAUUCUACCUUCAUCUCAUCAAGUCUCACCCACAGACUUUGAUAUCCCCCCGACGAACAAUAUGUAAUAGGUUAU